AUGAAUGCAGUUGAAAAUAAGUUUGAACUCCCGGAGAAACCUCCUGAUACGGAAAGUGAAAAAGUUCAUAAAGAAUACGAGAAGACAGUGCUAGCCUUAAACAAAAGUGAGUUUGUAGCUCAAAACCUUAUCGUAAGCUCAAUAAGUAGCCAGGUGAGGCAGCUUAUAAACAUGUGCACUUCAGCGAAGGACAUGUGGGACAAACUACACAGUGUUUUUGUACAACAGACAGAACAACGCCAGGAAAGAUUGUUUAAUGAGUUUUUUUGUAUAAAAAUGAAGGACAGUAAUGACAGUGUUGCUAAACACAUAUCAAAACUCGAUAAACUGUGGACGGAAUUGCAAGAUGAAACCUGGAAAGAAGACUAG